CAGGAAGGAGGGAUGGGGGGUGGAGGUCUGGAGGUGGAGGGGGGUCCUUCCAGACUCACUGGAGCCUGCCAGUAACAGCCUCAUUGAGACUGAAUGAGACGUCUUAAUUACUCCAGUUGUGAAAACUAAAGGAGGCGGGUGGAGGGACGGGAGGAUGUCUGCUUUGAUCUCAGAGUCUGAGGGAGUUUGAUGCCCCCCUAUAAAUACAGACCAGCAGAGCUGAGGGGGGUUAGUUAAACUCUCCCAGUACCAGGACCAGGACCAGCACAGACCACCUCCUGCACUCUGGAACUUUUAUAACACACAAGGAUUUACUCUUUUUUUGAGAUACUCUGCAGCCAUGAGAGGAGAUUUUUCUAUCGAGUGGAUGGCCCAGAGCAGCCAGCCUGUAGGUACAGAGACCGCCUCGGCCUCUGGACCUGGACCAGGACCAGGACCCGCUGCCUGUGGGACUCAUUCAGAGAGUCUGCCGGGUUUUUACUGCAGACAGAAGGCAGAAAAUUCACCGGAGCAGCAAGAAAGCAGGAGCCAGGACCUGGAUGCUUUCAGUCUGCAGCACCAAACCUCUCACAGUAACCAAGUGACUGAAGCAGGUUUCAGUAGCGGGACGGAGGAGGAGACCUCAGGGUACGAGAGUGAAGGUGGUCGCUCCGUCUCCCCCACGGCGACCGCCGACUGCUCCUCCACCUCGCCAGCGUCGCCUCUGUCUGGGAGGAGGCCUCGUACGGCCUUCACGGCGGAGCAGAUCAGCAGCCUGGAGAGGGCCUUCAAGAGGAACGCCUACCUGGGAACACAAGACAAGGCCGAGCUCUGCAAGAAGCUCAACCUGUCUGACAAACAGAUCAGAAACUGGUUCCAGAACCGGCGGAUGAAGCUGAAGAGGACGGUGCAGGACGCCCUGGCUCACGCAUGCCAGGCAAACGUUGCCUCUCAGUUCAUGCAUUACCCCGAGCUGCAGGCCUACAGACCGGGUCCCUACACCAGGUACCACUCAGCAUCAGUACCGGAGGGCCCGACGGCGGCCUCCUACGUCCAUCCACACAGCCUGCAGUAUGGCUCCUCUCUGCCCAGUGUCCCCUCACUGCCCCUGGACUCUUUCUACCAGUACAACGGUCUCCCAGCAGUCAUGCUGCCCUCUGCCUCAACACCACUCAUGGGAACCUACCCGAGCUACCCCCAGUAUUACUGAUGCUCUCAUCUUCACUGUGAUAUUCUGUCAGACAAAAUUAGAAUGCAUUGAUUUUAUUCAAUCAUCAAUGCUAACGGAAAUAAUAAGGAACAGUUCUUCCUGCUGUGAAGCUUAAGUCCAACAGGGUGGUUGUGUGCAAUACUGUGAUUUAUGUGUGUGUGUGUUUGUAUCUCUGAUGUAUAGUUUGGAUAUAUUUAAAUUUGAAUCUAAGAAGUUGUUUUAUUUGAUUUGUGUUUGUUAUGUGAAAUCAGACUGC